AACAGAACCCCGGUCCUCAUCCUUGUCGUCCUAUGGUCCAGUUCACAACCUUUCUUCUUGUCCGUCACCAUGCCACGGCCCGCAAAGCCUCCUAUGACCUUGAAGGAGGCCAAGCGGGCAUACAAGAAAGAUGGCAUCGGCUUCCAAUAUACUGCGUCGCAAAUGGCACGGGCGGAUCGACUGGAUGCACGCGAGGAGAGGAGAAAGAAAGAACUAGAGAAAGAAAGACAACGGGUCGAGAACAAGCGCAAACGAGAGGAGAAAGACCAAAGAGAGCGUGCCGUGAGGCAGAAGAUGCUGGCAGAAGGGAGAAUUACAGUCGAGGACACCUGGGGAAAAGUAACUGCUAGUCAGCCUAGAUUGAAUAGGUUCUUUGGAGGGAAUAAUGCCGUGGUACCCGUCAAGAGGAAGAUCAUGGAUGUUGUAGAGGAGCUGGAGAAUGGGAUUGAUGACCGGGCUUUACUCAAUAUCUACGACAAGCAAGAACAGAAAGCUGCAACUCCGACCAAUACCGAACUCUCUGGGCAUUCUUCCAGUAUUCACGAUCGAGCCGAUACCUUGCCAUCGCCCUCUUCUUCCACCGCGACCUUGGAGUGUUCGUCUCCUCUCGACGGGCUCAAGGACAGUCCUUUUGUCGAGGAUAUCGAGACAAAACAUACUGCAACAGAGUCAAAAGGGUUGAUCGAGAGCUUCACGUCCGUGUUUAACGAAAUCGACGAUGAUGAUCUCAUUGCUCUUGUUGAAGAAGUCGAGGCCGACAUAUCUACGCCUAAGACGGAGAUCCCCAAGAAUCGGACGGACAUGGCUCUCCCGCAGAACAAAACGCCUCCUCCUCCACCCAAUACCGACAAGCGGCGGCAUAGACCCAGCGAAGUUUCGUCGAGGGUAGAGGCUCACCCUCCCGUAACCGCCAUGCCUCCACCACCACCGCCACCUCCAGCUCGUCCAUCAUUAGGCAGCCGCCGCCUUAGGAACAGCGUACCGCCUCCUCCCCCUCCGAGAAUCGGACCCCUGACGACAAACACCGGACAGACGAUUCAACAGAAGCCACGGAGUCGUAAAAUCCUACCGUGGAACGACCCGUCGAAGAAACAUCACUACGCUACUCCGGCGGACGAGUUCGGCGCUCCAGGUCCCUCGACACAGGCGUUGAUGGUGGAACUCGUGGAGCAAGUUGAGGCGCAGAUUGGUGCGCGGUGAUGACACUGGGAUUGGUUGAUGUCGACGACGCAACGUCCUUGGUGACGGCAGGGAUGAAUAUCAAAUCCUGACGAGCAUGAAUUACGGUUAUGAGUGGCGGACGAUUUCAUGAUUGCAUAGCGCGGUUGAACAUUUGGGUCUCAAAGUCGACACGCGAGUCGUGUGGGUGUUUGGGAUAUAUCCCCGGCCUCGAUUGUUGGAUGAGAUGAUCAGCAUGACGUGGCAUGGCAUGGCGUUGCAUUGAAUAGCAUGGCACAGAUACCGGAGAGGAUCUGUGUGCGUGUGUUUGGACUGCAUUUGAAAUUCACACGGUUAGCAUAGCGUUGGGGUGUUCGGUCGUAUUGCAUUGGGUAUGCCAGUAGAGAGCUGCGGUGACCGUUCAGGGCGGUUGCAAAGUGAUAUCAACGAAAAAUGGAUAUGGAUAUGGAAAAUGCAGAAGCCUAAGGUACUAGAGUUUACGAUGGGAUAUGAAUUUGAGCAUACAGCAUUCAGCAUGCAGUAUUGCAUUGCAUUUGAUACCCCGGUGCGAAAUCCAAU